CUAAAAAUCUUGGUCGCAAAGAGUUUUCACAAAGAAAAUUCGAUUAACCAAUAUAGGGCCUCCGACGAUGGGGGCGGGGACCAUUCUCCCACUUUUUUGCAAAAUAGAAGAGCCUUUUUCUAAAUCUUUUGCUUUGAGUGUUAAAUUUUCCAUUGCCCCCCUUCCAUUUUCCAACCUGUGUCGGAGCCCUGACGAUCAAGUUGAUCGCAGCUAUGAUCGCAGAAAUUUGAGAAUCAUGCGCACGCAAGUUCCGUGUAACUGAAUAAACGAUUCGACGUUUGACUAUGUUGACAUGGACCGGCUAUAUGAUAAAUAAAUCAAGAAGUAAAAUGAUUCUCAUCGUCCUGAUCUUCGCUGUUGGAGAGAUCACAGUUGCAACAAGCUCAGAAAAAUGUCCAACAGAUUUCACAAAUGCAAGCUCAUCAGAAUGCAAGGAAUGUUCAGGAAGUUUACAGAUGGAAGUCAAGCCAGCUGCUGCUUGGUUUCAGCCAUACGCAGAGUCAUAUGGGUUUCAAAUGAGUUGUACUGUCAACAAACCAACCAAUUUAUCAAUUUGGUUUCAUCGACAUAACCAACCAAUAGAUGAUGCAAAGAGUUUAGUUUUACAAAAUGGGGACAACCGUUUUGCUAAAGUUAAGAUGACGAAUUGCACGGCAACUGUUACCAUAGACAAGUCAAGGCUGUCCUUCUGUAGUACAGGGGAAUAUAUAUGUAUUGCCUCGGAUAAUAAUAAAAAGCAGCUGAUGAGGAAAACUGUAGACUUUCAGGCAUUGAUAGAUAGUUCGUUCUACUUCGCCCCUGACGACCAGUGUAGACAAAGCACAAAGGACUUGAUAGAAGGACUGUCGGUCAAUCUCACCUGUUCCUUUUCUUUAUACAAAGAAUAUUUUGGGUUCCCACCAACCAUAACAUUCAGACGAAGAUGGCCAACCGGAAAUGUUGUAUUGAUUAACGAGACAGAAAAGUACCUAUAUGGACAGUCCUAUCGUGGAACCUGUAACGGCAAAAAGCAUCGUUUUCGGACUCUUACGAUUAAUAGGAUUGAUGCAGGUGACAGCGGAGAAUACUUUUGUCGCGUACUAACGGUGUCUCGAUGCCUCGUUGAAAGGGGAGUCACCCUUAAAACACGUCCCUGCCGUGCUGGCUAUCACUGCAAUGUGAAAACAAAUAAGGAGAUACCAUGCCCGGCGGGAACGUUCAGCAAUGUCACUGGCCUGUUUUCAUCAUCCGGCUGUAAAAUCUGUCCGCUUAACUCUUACUGCUCUUUGGCAUCAACCGCGCCAAAAGCAUGUCCUCGAAUGUCCUUUGCAGCCGCGUAUCAUACGAUUUUGAAGAUAUUAGAAGGCAAAAAGAACCUAGAUCAGUGCAAAAUUUGCCCGGUGGACUCUUGCGAAAACUAUGGCCAUAAUUGUACCUUCCUAUGUAGCAAGAAGAUUGUAGAAGGCAACGCUGGCAACCCAGUACAACUUGAUUGUAAAUUAUCAAAGCCUAUACUCGUAGGCAACCUAACAUGGAUGCGAAACAAUGAAACGCUUUCAAACAGCUCUAAGCACACAAUUAGACUCUCUGGCGACUCCUUUACGUUGGUCAUACGUGAUAUGAGGAAGGAUGAUGUCGGAGAAUACAUUUGCACAGGGGUUGAGAAGGUCAUGGGGAACACAGUGGAAACCAAAAUAAGGCUUACCCUCUCAACCAGUGAAGCUUGGAGUGAUGUAACGACUGUCAUCGUCUGGGUAUUUGUUGCUUGUGUUCUCAUUUUGGCGAUCGUUUUGCUAUUGCUAGCAUUACGCCGCAAAAGAUCAAAGAACAAAAAGCGCGAAAGUUUAGAGGAAUGUGUAACAGGAUCGUUUACGGAUAUUUACCUAUCAGAUAGAAGAGAGAUGUUUUCAAGGAUUCCUUCGAAUGAAACUGAUUCAGAGCCUGAUUUUGAUGUCUUCAUCUGCUACAGUUGUGCUGAUAAAGUCUGGGUAAGGAGAACGCUACUAACGAUGCUUCAGAAAAGCGAUUUGCGUGUUUGUAUUGACUAUGAGGAUUUUGAGCCUGGAGAAUUCAUCAUUAAGAAUAUCGCCGACGCAAUAUCAAGAAGCCGGAACACGAUCGCCGUAUUAUCACCAGAUUUUGUCAACAGUGACUGGUGUCAGAAGGAACUCAAAAUGGCUCUGUCACAUCUUCAUAAAAGACAUCAAGUCAUUCCCAUACUAUAUCGAGUAUGUGCAAUACCCAUAUUCCUUCUUGACCGAACAUACCUUGACUGGUGCAACGAUGACGUUAGAAAUACAUUUUGGGAACAGUUGGUAAAAAAGGUAAAUGGUAGUAAAGCUACCGUCGGAAAUUUUGAGGCCUCGAAGUUAAAAGUGACCAGCUGAAAUGGCCAACUGAAAUGGUAUUCGGUCCCUUCCAAACUGUGCCACUUUUGAAGGAAGCGAAUUGUCUUACUGAUUCAGCUGUCUCCAACCGGCAUCAAUUGCUCGCUCUUUCAAAAUGGAUAUCAUUCAAGAUCCAUCAUGUAAGUGGAAAAUUUUGAUAGAAAUAUGUGUAAUUUUUGCAAGGGUCAAAGAGAACUUUUCAGUCGUCAAACGACCAAUCAAAUGCAUAUUACAAUAUCACCUGAUUGAAAUUUUUCGAAUGCUCAUUGGCGAAUGACGUUCCUGUAGGUUGCAUUAAAUGUAUUUAGAGCACGCAUUUUUGAAAUGCAUGAUUCUGCUAUUUAGAGGUAUUUUAAAUACUAUUACAGAUAUGCUGAAGAAUUAAAGAUUAAAUCUACUUUUUUAAAUUCUGUGUAGAAAUAGCAUUGAAAUUUAGUUUAUUGUAUUUUUAAUUUUAUUCAGGAUUAAUGUUUUUAUAAAUUAUCUUAAAGUGUGUAAUGUAUAAAGAAGUAAAGAAUUUUUUAACAAAAAAAUACCUCUCGUGCAGCUGAAUCCGUUCACACGAAAUCAUUUCGUUAGAGCAAUUUAUGUAAGGGUUUGAAUGUGACAUAAAAGCAAUAUUUGGCUUUC